AUGAGUUACCGGUUGGACCAAGGAAUCUCCCCCACCGAGUCGUAUUCUGGCCAAGGCGACGCAGCAUCUUUUAAGAACCGAUCUCGCCGUCCUUGCGAUUCCUGUCGGCGCCGCAAGUCAAGAUGUGAGCUGGUUGAUGGCGCAACGCCUUGCGUUUUGUGCCGAUUUCACCGCCAGGAGUGCACCUUCAAGGAGGAUCCCCAGCCUAGAAAAAGAAAAGCUGCUUCCUUGAGCGAGGAGGAGACCAACAAUACAAACUCUUCGCGAGACUCUCUUCGCCGACCGCCACAGGUGUCUUCCGACAAAGGCUGGAUUCCAAGGCAUUCUUUUCUUGAUGUAGCCCACAGGCCUUCGCAUCAAAUCCGGCAAGAUCCACCCAUUGACGACUACGCCAACUUAAAAGGACCUUCAUUGCUCAAAAAGACCUUGGGCUUGCAAAACCACCGGCAUAGCAGGUUCAUUGGGUCUACUUCCGAGUACGAACAGACCCUUCUUGAACUCGACGCGUACAACGACAAGGACGAGGUCCCAAUAGGCGUGUCUGCUCUCCGAAAGGUCAAUGCCACAGAUGCCUUCAUCUUGACCCCUGAUGAAGGCACGAGGAACCACGAAGACGAAAUCGUCGACCUGGAUGCUAUCGAGAUGAUAGUUGCACCGCAUGGCCAGGCUUUGAUCCAUCUUUAUUUUCGGAUUGUUCAUCCCAGCUUUCCCAUCUUACACAAAAAGGUCUUCCUCGAAAAGUACCAACGAACACACCGCGAGUUCUCGCCGCCGCUUUUAGCAGCUGUGUACAUCUUGGCUCUGAACUGGUGGUCUUAUAGCAGUGACUUGGCACUUCUGCCAAAGCCUGACGUGCCGAAGCUUGAAAAGCUAGCUUUCAAGACUGUGAACGACAUCAUUCAUCGUCCAAAACUAUCCACCAUUCAAGCCGGCCUACUUUUGCUUCAGAGGCCUGAAGGCGACUCCUGGGCGCUCACUAGUCAACUUGUUGGUCUCGGACAAGAUCUCGGUCUCCAUCUCGAUUGCUCUAACUGGAGGGUACCGGCUUGGGAGCGAGGAUUGCGAAAGAGGCUAGCGUGGGCUCUAUUCAUGCAAGACAAAUGGGGCUCUCUAGUCCAUGGAAGGCCCUCUCAUAUAGCCACGACAGACUGGGAAGUACAGCCGUUGUCAGAGAGCGAUUUCCCCGAAAGCGCUGCCGAUGAGGAUGACGAGGACGGCAGUACAGAAGUCGAGAAGGGCCGAACGCUAUUUUGCGAGAUGAUCACCCUGACAGAGAUUCUUGCAGUUAUACUCUCUAACUUCUAUACGUUGAAAGCAGAGCAAGAUAUACGAAUGCAUGCCCAGGACGGCGUCCGCUGGAUACUGGAGAAAGCAAAGCCGAGUCAACUAGCGCUCAAAACUUGGUUUGCACAGAUGCCUGCUAUACUGAAGAUGGAGAACGUCGCUAUGAGGAAAUUGUCUUCCACAGGUUACCUCCAUUUAGGUUACUACGCCGUAGAGAUCACCCUUCACAGACGAAUUAUUCGAUCUCUAUCGUUAUUAGAUGAUCCAUCGCUGAUCUCCAUUUGUCGAAAUGCAGCUCGUGCACGGCUUGUGUCUGCAAUGGAUUUUGUACAAGGACUUCGACCCGAACAUCUGCAGUCAUUCUGGUACUCUGCAUCAAAGUACUGCUUUGCCCUAAUCGGCUCAUUCGUAUCUCUGCUAUGGGUCACAGCGCAAGAGAAGGAAGAAGCAGAGUUCUACAAAGCCAAGCUGGAGGAGUAUAGAUGGACGUUGCGGCUCUCGUCGAAGAGCGCGGAUUUCCUGGAGAGAGCCAUCAGCAUGCUAGCAAUAUCGACCGGCGUCCUCGUCAAAGCAAUUCCGGACAAAUCAAACGCAGAGUUUGCCGCCGCGAGGAUGAGGAAUCCUACUAAACCUCAAGCCAUGUCAACGAGAGCACACGCUUUUCCUGAUUCCAGGUCACAUACCCAGUCGGCACCUACUAAUGAGUACUCUGAGUCCGAGUCAUAUGAAGGGCAGACAACAGAGCACACUCCUGACAUAGGUGAAACGCCAGAGCAUUCUGCUACAAAUGAAGACUUCAUCCCAGAUCAUCUGUGGUUUGCGAAUGCAGCCCAGUUAAACGAUAUCAGUGCGGUGUACGGCGAGAGCAGCGCUGCCGGAAUGGAUCAUGACUUCAUGAGUAUGCCGGGGAUCGGGCAAGUUGGAGACGGAUACGAUUUUCAGGCCUUCGGGGGGCACGAGCGGCCUUCGGGAUCAGGCGAUGUGGAAUAG